GAUGCCGUUGAACUGCUGGAGGUUGGACAAAAUCAAUGCUCCGCUAGUUUGGCUGGUUGGUUGGCAGGCUGUCUGCCCACUACACAUUGGUCAAGCUGGCAAGCCCCACUCCGGCCCUCGGCCUGCUCGCCGCAAUGCAUCACCAGUUCGCGCGCCUCGUGCCCACCGCCCGCCCCGCGCUGCCGCCGAUCCACGGCGGAGCCGUCGGCCGGAGCUCUCCGCACGUCCACCGGGCCGUGGCGCUUCGACGGGCGCCGCUCGCCUCCGCGGCUGGCCGGCGCGCGUGCCGCCCCCUCGCCGUCUCCGCCCAAUCCACCAGCCCCCAGGCCGGCUUGAGGCUGGAGGAGAAGUUUUUUGAAGUGGAGAUGAAGGUGCGUGACUAUGAACUUGACCAGUAUGGUGUUGUCAACAAUGCCGUCUAUGCUAGCUACUGCCAACAUGGUCGUCACGAGCUACUUGAGAGUGUAGGCAUCAGUGCGGAUGCAGUGGCGCGCAGUGGGGAGUCGCUGGCCCUCUCUGAGCUAAACCUAAAGUACUUUGGCCCUUUGAGGAGCGGCGACAAGUUUGUUGUUAAGGUGAGGCUUGUGGGCAUCAAAGGUGUACGGAUGAUAUUCGAGCACAUCAUUGAGAAACUUCCUAAUCACGAGCUAAUUCUGGAGGCAAAGGCAACAGCUGUUUGCCUGAACAAAGACUACUAUCCUACCCGCAUUCCUCGUGAACUAUUGUCCAAGAUGCAGCUCUUCUCAUCCGAGGACAGCAGAGGGUCAAAUAAAGACGUUAAUAAUCGGAAUAACAGCUGCAACUAAUUUGGAGGCAAAGACAAGGGCUGUUUGUCUGAACGAAAGAGUCCCAUUCUAUCUCUAAAAUUUUGUAUAUCAUCCAAGCUUCACCUCCUCAUCCAAGAAUAUAACAGAGCUUAAAUGACUCCGAUAAUAGUCGCAAUAAUUGUAGCAUCUGGUUUUGGAGACUGGCGGCUGCAUAAUAGUAUCAUCUAAUUUAGGAGACUGGCGGCUGCUUGGUCUUGCAGUGUCAUCGAAAACCACCUAUGUAUCUCCAUCUGAGCAGCACUGUCAUAGAAGAGCACAGUCCAUCUGCAUUCUUUGUAACUGUUCAUCUGAAACAUUUGAUCUGCUACUGCAGUUGUUUGGUACAGAAAGCUCUUCUUACUCUGGAGGAAUAGCAUGUGCUUUAGACAUCUGCACGUUGUAUUAGGAACAGGAAAGGAAUUUGUCGGAAGUAGGAUUAUGAGGUGCUGACGGAUUAA